AUGCUAGAUUUGUCGGGGCUCAAUGGAGAGAGCUUGAUAACUUGGGGAGAAGAGUUCAGAUCUCAUAAUGAUUCUGGGAUGUAUUUCUUUGACGAGAAAAAUAUCGAUUGCCAAGUGGGAAUAAUCGCUCCAUCUGAGAGCGCAAUGUUCAUGCUGAAAAUCAUUUCGAUCUCUGGAGAACAAGAGUGCGGAAGCUUCGUCCGUUUUCACCUCGGAACGCAGGUUUCUGGACCUUCUGCAACUCCAAAACUCUGCACGGAUAAAAACGACGGGCAGCUCCUCAUCCUCCCUUCUGAUAAAAUCCUCAUAAGAUUGAAGACUGAUGAUACUCCCCUAAUUGAUGCUCAAUUUCAACUUACAGCAUACGAGCUGUCAGGCGCAGAUCAUAAAUGCCACGAAGGUUUGUUCUCUUGUGAUUCGGGAAAAUGUAUUCACGAGGAUUUCCUCUGCGACGGGAAAAAUCAAUGCCCGGGCGAAGAAACCGACGAACUGGCCGAAAACUGUCCCGUAAAAAUAGCACCCCCUGUGGCGAUGAAUAAUAAAUCAAAGGCGGGAGGACUGAUUCUGGCGCUUUUACUGUCAAUCAGGAAUCAGGGUCGGAGAAACACAAUUUGGCGUUUUAUGAAAUUAUUAGUAAUUAAUCAUAAAACAGCUCAGAUCCAUUGA